AUGUCAAGUUCGAAAGUUAUUGUUAUAGAGAGACCUGAAAAAUCAGAAAACUUUAGCCAUGAUGAAAUCAGCAAUACAUGUGGCAUGAUAAAAGCAGAAAUCCUACUUUCUAGAUUACGUAAAGCCAAAGAAUUAUCCUCUGAUUCUCAUCUAAUCAUUGUUGAUAUGAGAGAGACGAGGCUUUACCAAUCUGGUCAUAUACUUACGGCUCGUUCAGCAAACUGUUACACAAAAACUAUGGCUAAACGAGCUAUCCAGUCAUGGGAUAUUUGGUAUACAGAAACACAUGGAUGCCCUGCACCAUAUACAGAAUCUCCAGUAUCAUUUAUUUCACAAAUAUCACUGGUUAAACCUGCCAUUGUGGUUUAUGAUCAACGUAGUGAUUUUGUAUCCACUUCAACACUUAAAGAUAAAAAAGUUCGAGCUGAAUUGCAUUUUAUUUCUGCUCUACUAGCUCGAGGAAAUCGAGUUUACAUGAUUGAUGGAGGUUUUGAAGCAUUUAGAAGUCUUCAAGAUGCCCAUGAAUUCAUUGAUCGAAAUAUACCACUUUUUAUUAACUAUAUAACUACUGAUGAUAGUUCUUGUUCCGACGCUGCAUCACCUUCAUUAAGUGAUAAUUCUGAAGCUUCAUCGAUUGUAUCGCGUGUAUUCAAUGAUAACGUAAUUUCUUUGAAUGAUGAUAUUUCAUGUUACAAAUUAGAUAAUUUUGAAUCAAAUGAUACAGAAAAGCUUAUUUCUUGUUUAAAGGAUUGUUCACGUGAUGAAACAUUAGUUGUACGAAUUAAACAAACACCAUUACGUGUAAAUGAAAUACAACAAAAUAAUGAUGAUGUUUUAAGUGCAAGUAUUUCACAAAUUCUACCAUUCUUAUAUUUAGGUAAUGCACGUGACUCUCAAGAUGUUGAUCUGAUUAGACAAUUAAAUGUAACACAUAUAAUUAAUGUGACAGAUUCAUUGCCUAUGCCAUUCAGAAAAUUAAAUCGGAUACAAUAUUUGCAUAUACCUGCUUCAGAUACUACAAAACAAAAUUUACUUCCAUCUUUCGAUCGAGCUGUACAAUUCAUAGAAAAAGCAAGAAAGCAUAAUGGGAUCGUUUUAGUUCAUUGUUUAGCUGGUGUUUCUCGAUCAGUUGCAGUUGUCAUUGCUUAUCUUUUAUACAAUAAUCGUGGAUUAAAUGUUUAUAAAGCAUUAGAAUUUGUACAAGCACGUCGUUCUGUAGCUGGACCAAAUUUACAUUUUAUGGGACAACUUCAAGCUUAUUAUCAUGAUUUACAUAGUCGUAAAUCAAAUAUUUUCACUGAUAAAUUCAAUAUGAAAUCUAAAGAUAAAUUAACAAAACGUAAUAGUGCAGAAAAUUUAACUGGCAAGUUAAAAAGAAACAAUCUACCUCGUAGUGUAAGUUUAUCAUCUAACUGGAUUCAAUCACAAUCACGUUCUUCUUCUGUAUUGUGUAAAGUUUCUAGUUCAAGUAAUGCUACUACACCAGGAUAUGUUACUUCAACAUUAUCCAUAUAUGAUUUGGAUAAUAUUAAAAUUAAUAGUAAAAGACCUAUAAAUUCAACAUGGUCUGUAAGUACAACAUGUACAAAUCGUAAACGUUCACUUGUUCGUAAAUGUUCACAUGAAUCAGAUAAACCAUCCGUGAUACCAAUUAAAACUCAAAAAUAA